UUCGUGUUUUUCAUUGUGGCUAACAGCUAGACUUUAAAAACAAAAUAUGACGUGGCUAAUCCGGGUGGAAAAACCACAGCACGAAAAUCUGAGCCAUUAAAGUGUUUGUCAGAAAACUAGAAGUUCCUAAAGGUGUAGAUAUUAAAGUGCAAACCGAAACAAUAAAAGGCGGUUCUUAUUUUUAAUUUGGAAGCGGAAACUACUAGAACUAUUAGCUGAUUGAGCUAACGUCACCUGCUAACAUUACGACUUUGACAGCUGAGCAGGAGAAAAGGUAUGCACUGAGACAUUUGGUAACAUGUCAGACAGUGAAGCUUCUUGUGCAGCAGCCGAGGGUGCAGAGGCAGCGCCGGAAAAGCAGAAUGUCUCUCCCGCUCGUACCCCUGACAGCUCCUCUCCAUCCACACCUGACAUCUCCACUGAUGUAGCUCCGACGAGAAAAGCCAGGAGGAGGCCAGAAACCCAGCCUGCGGCCAAAGUUCAGGAGACUCCAAAAGAGGAUGAGCAGCCAGCAGAGACAUCCAAUCAGUCGACCGUGUCUCAGGGUGGCUGGGGUUACUGGGGCAGCUGGGGCAAAUCCAUCUUAUCCACAGCAACAGCUACUGUGACCACUGUGGGCCAAGGUAUCACUCAGGUGAUCGAGAAGGCUGAGACAUCACUGGGAAUCCCCAGUCCAACCGAACUGUCAGCUCAGGUGGAGGAAGAAGAGAAACAGAAGGUGUCUUCUCCUGUAGAUGGCACCAGCAUGGAGCCCGACAAAGCAGUAGAUGAAUCGUCAGCAGUGGGAAGUGCGAUGGGAAUGUUGUCGUCACUCAGUAGCGUCGUCCAGAGCACGGGUAAGACCGUGAUAACAGGAGGUCUAGAUGCUCUUGAGUUCAUUGGGAAGAAGACGAUGGACGUGAUAGCAGAAGGUGAUCCUGGCUUCAAAAAGACCAAAGGACUGAUGAGACGGAACGCCACUCUCUCUCAGGUGCUGAGGGAGGCGAAGGAGCGAGAGGAGCUGCAGUCAGCAGACAAAGACUCGGCAAAUUCAGACAAGAAGGUGGUCGCUCACUACGGGAUGCUGUUUGAUGAAUUUCAGGGUCUGUCACACCUUGAAGCUCUGGAGAUUCUGUCUCGAGAGAGUGAGUCAAAGGUGAAGUCGGUGCUCUUGACUCUAUCAGGAGACGAGCUGGUUGAGCUCAGAGAUGAGCUCGACCAAAUCAAAAGCUCCUUCUCCCUGGUGGAGUUCGAUGAUGAGGAAGUUGAUGAGAGUAAAGAUGAAGACGGAUCAGAGUUUGAGAGGGAGUUAAAGGAGGCCAUGGAGGGCCUCAGUGUUUCUGCAACUGCAGACAAACUCAGCAAGGCCUGUAAGAGCUCCGCCAGCCUGAUUAGUGAGCUGACCAAACAGCAUGUGGAAACAGAUGUAAAUGAGGAGGAUGUGAAGAAGCAUAGUGUGGAGGAGGUUCAUGCUGCAGCUAUCAGGAGUCUGGCCGAGCUGACGGCCAGAUCCAUCGAGCUUUUCCACAAACUGGCUGAGAUGAUCCUUUUCUCCAAUGGCAGUGCAGACGCCAGCGUCCUGUCACAGUUAACUGUUGUCCUGUGUAAAGAAAUCUCACUGCUGUCCAAGAAGUUUACUUCCUGCCUGACAGCAGCAGGGUCAAACGAGAAGGGAGAAGUCCUCAACCCCCUGAUAACAGGAGUAUUUUUAGAGGCAUCCAACAGUGCAUCUUACAUCCAGGAUGCCUUCCAGCUCCUUAUGCCGAUAUUGGAGAUAUCUCACAUCGAGAGGAGAGUUCAGCUUACGCAGCAGUGACCCGCUAACCUGACCUCUGACCUCCACCACAGCCACUAAGCUGGGGCUCAGAGUCUCAGCAGAGAACUGACAUAUCUUUAAAAUGUUUAAGUUGUCUGGUUUUUCAGCUCAAGACAAAAUCUACUUUGAGAUUAGGAGAGAAAAUGUUUUCUUGUCAAACAGUGUUACCUUUCUGCGCAUUGCUGGUUUAUUUGGACUGGAUGUUAUAUGAAGUCAUUGGCGUACAGAAGAAGAAGAACAGUGUGGAUUUAUAAUGAACGCAGAACAAUUUUUUCUUUCAUUGCACAAAAUACACUACCUUUUCUUGGGUGUUAUUCAUUCACUUAGUUCAGGCAUCUCAUACAGGAUACCAACCAGUGAUAACUUGUUUCCAAAAGAACAUCUUAACAAAAUAAAUGGUAAGAUGUAGACAUGAGGCUUCACUCUUACUGCAAAGCAAAUCAUUGCUGGUCCUGGAGCAGCUGGACUCUAAGUGUGUUUGCUAAAAUCUUCAAGACGCACAAUAAUUUUAGUUUUUGGCAACUUGUCCUUAAAUCAGGGGCAGACUGAAUGUGAUAAGCCUGCAGUUCUGUUGCUUUUUGGCUAACUGAAGGAUGAUAUUUGGAGUUUUCUUUCCCUUUGUUUUAAACCCACAUCCUUCUAGGUUUACAUCCAAUAUCAAUUUUAAAUUUUGCACCAUCGCAUGUCAGCACUCGUUCUAGCCAACGUCUCUUUUUCUCUAUAGACAGCCUCAGAUUUAAAGAAGACUUUGAGCCAACAUUUCUUUUACGACUGCACCACUUUUACUAGAUUUGAUAGAAAAGUCGUGGAGCAUUUAAAAAAAAAAGACCAACAAGCUGGUCACAUAGCUUCAGUAGUUUACAUUAAUGCCCUUGCAUUCUGUAAGAGCAUUUUAAAUAAACCUUUAAGAAAUCGUCUAAAUGUUUAAGCGAUGCUGAGUUGAGAUUCAGAGUUGCAGUUUGUUUAGGAGAAAUAGAAUAAUAAAUCUUGAAAGGGACGUAUUAUUUUCAUUUCCUGCUCUAUACUUUUGGUCUCUUUUUAAGCAGCUUU